AUGGUUUACAAAUAUGAGAAUGAUACCGUUUAUAUUAUUGAUACUUAUGCAAAUUCAUCAACUACAGAUGUUAUUGAACUAAAAUCCGACCAGUGGACACCACUACCUACAAUCAUCCCUGAAAAACCAACCGCUCGUUGGGAACACGCAAAAAAUGACAAAGUUUUAGCACUUAUGCCAGUAGAAAGAUCACGAACGUUCUUCCCUGCUAUAGUCAUUGCAUGA